AAAGACAAAGUGGAGAGGGUAACGGAAUAUCUGGAGAGAUCGAUGCAGAGGAAUUGUUCGUUGAGUAACCGGAGAAGGAGUGUGGGAGAUGAUGAUGAUGAUGGGCUUGGUAUGACGGACGAGAGCGACGAUCAUAUCCCGAUCCCGGAUACAACGUUGGAGCUCAAUUCUCACAUCUCUAUUCCUUCUCAUUUGGAACAGUGUCUUGAUCUUAAGACAGGAGAGAUUUACUACGUAAACUGGAACACCGGAAUGAGAGUGAAGGAAGAUCCAAGGAAAUCGGUGAGCAACAACAAUGCAGAUGAACUCAGUGGAGAAUCGGAUGUAACUGUGAUAUCAGAAGAAGAUAGCUCGUAUGCUGAAAGCGAAGAAUCUUCAUCAGAGUCAUCGAGAGUGAAUCACAAAGAAGAAGAAGAAGAAGAAGAAGAAGAAGUGGUUCUUGUGGUAGCUGGUUGCAGAGCUUGUUUCAUGUAUUUCAUGGUCCCUAAACUGUUACACGAUUGCCCCAAAUGUUCAGCUCAGCUUCUCCACUUUGAUCUACCUCACUCUGUUUCUCCUUGA